AAAAAUAUUUUCAAACAAAAGUGUUAUGUUAUGGUUCCCAGGUUUCUCCCCGAAAAUAAAAAGGAUAUCCACCCCAUGGCCUACCAACCGUUUGGAUCUGGACCAAGAAACUGUGUUGGUAUGAGAAUGGCGCAGUUGGAAGCCAAACUAGCUUUGGCUAAAAUCUUACGCGCUUACAAACUAGUUCCUUCUGAGAAGACGGAAAUUGGAGAAAUCCAAUAUAACGUCAAGCUCGUAACCAUUGGUCCAGUACAUGGCAUUCACGUGAAAGUAGUUCCUGUCUAGUGGAGGCCUCUAGUGGACUGAAAUAUUCAAAUAAAUAAGAGUUCUUUAUUUACUUACGUAAAUAUAUCAGUUGAGAUUACACACAUUGAUAUUAUUAACUCUAUUCUUGUGGAUUUUAGUUCUGAUUGAAAGUGUGGUUGCUAGUUUCUGUACUGUUAAACAGAGUUGUAACUCUAUACAACUAAAAUAAA